AAAAGCCAUUAACUGCAAAGGCCAGGGACGGACCGACAACUCAUGGGGUUUCGGGCAAUAGGGGAUCAUGGGGCCCCUGUGUCCUUGUCCAAACUCAAAAAAUCCUAUGAAAGAGGUACCAUCUCAUGGGGCCCCCUACUGACCUCGGGCCCUCGGGCAGUGCCCGAGUUUCCAAAUGGUCAGUCCGCCCCUGGCAAAGGCUGUCAGUACUUGUAGUUCAUUCAUUCACAGAACUGUGAAGGAAUGACAUGAGCAUGUGAGUCCCACACAGAUAUAUAUAUAUUUAUUUUCAUUAUUAUUUUUAUUUAUUUUAUUUGUUUUUU